UCGUGUGUUGCUGUGUGUGGCGGCGGGUGUGUGUCUGUGUCCCUCGACACCCAGCAUGAAAGUGUAGUGUGUGACGCCCCCCAAGGCUCUCUAAACCCAAACUCGAGCUCUCGAGAGUUGGACGAGAGGGAACCCUCGCCUCCCCCAGUAUUCCCCCCCCCCACUAACACUAAGUGGGGUGUUUGGCAGUCAGUUUAGUGUGUUAGUGGAGGAUGGCGAGGAGGGUGAUGGUGGCCGUGAUGAUGGUGAUGAUGCUGCUGCUCCUGGACGUUACCUCGGCUGCUGCAGAGUCCUGCGCCGCCGUCAGGAGUGUCUACCGCACCCAGGGCUUCCGGGAUGCCGUGCCGCAGCAACCAAUACCAGGCGAGCACCUGAAGAUGUGCAGCAGUGGGGAGUUGACGUGCUGUACAGAGGUGAUGGAGCGCAAGCUGAGUGUCGAGAGCCGCCAGGAGUUCGAUACCAACCUCAGGAACCUCCUCAACCCCAUGGCUGGACUUCUGGGAAAGAAGAAUACUAAACUUAAUGAGGUGUUUGCUAAGCUGCUAAAUUACAGCAGGAAAAGCUUUGAUGAGAUGUUCAGCAAGACCUAUGGAAUUAUUUAUCAGCAAAAUGCCUAUGUCUUCACUAAACUGUAUGAUGACUUGGAGAAGUACUUCAGUUCUGGUGAGCUCGACCUGCUAGAAACUAUGGACGACUUUUUCAAACGACUUUAUCAACGCAUGUUUACAGUCUUCAAUCAACAGUACGCUUUUAAUGCGAGAUACUUGCGGUGUGUGACCCGUCAUAUGGAGCAACUCAAACCAUUCGGCGAUGUCCCCAAAAAGUUAACGACUCAAAUUAAGCGUAGUUUUGUUGCUCUACGCACAUUUGUUCAGGGGUUGGCAACAGGACGAGAUGUCGUGCGGAAUGUCCUAAAGGUGAACCCAAGUGUGAGUUGCGUCCAUGAACUCAUGAGGAUGACUCACUGUGCCACGUGCGCGGGCCAUCAGGGGGUAGUGCCGUGCUUCCAGUACUGCCAAGAAGUUAUCAAUCUCUGCCUGGCUCAUCACCAGCCCCUCAUAACAGACUGGAUUGCUUAUGUUGAUGCAAUGGUGAGUGUGGCAGAAAGGUUAGAGAACCCCUUUAACAUAGAAAACGUGGUUCAGCCGGUCAACUACAAGGUGUCUGAUGCUGUUAUGAACUUCCAAGAAGCUGGCCAUGAUAUAUCUAACAAGGUGUUUCAAGGGUGCGGACCACCCCGUCUGGGGCGCAGUAAGAGACAGGCGCCGGUGAAUGGAGAAUUAACGCAAGAAUUUUUAGACUUUAGUGCUAAUAAUCGCCAAGACAAAAAACGCGAUAAGGAAAUGGAGAACAUUUCUGUCAGUAAACACGUCCAUGAAAUAAAAAUAAAGAUCAAGAAUGCCCGGGAGUUCUGGAGUGAGUUACCAACCAAGAUGUGUAAAGAUGCUGAUCGCACUGGUGUCUCAAAUUGCUGGACAGGCAACAAGAUGGGCAAAUACGAGGGUAAGAGUCCCUUGAAUGUUAGCGAGCCACAGCACAGUUCUGCCAUGGAUGAACAAAUUAUGCGGCUCAAAGUGAUUACCAGCAAACUGCAAGAGGCUUACAAGGGCCGUGAUGUGUCUUGGAUUGAUGAAGAUUCAUGGUUGACCAAUGGAGGAAAACAAGAUGAGGAGGCCGUGAGUGAUGAUGGAGCCUUACGUUAUGAGGGUAGUGGCAGUGGUGAUGGCUCACUCAAUGUCAAUUAUCCGCCUGAUGAUGAAGAUGCAUAUGUCAAGAAAAAGGACAAAACUUAUUUGAAAAAGCAAAGCAAUGAAGAUGUGUAUGGCGAUGAUGAAGAUAAUUAUGAAUUCAAUCAUCAAGAUACAGGAAACAGUCAAGUUGGCUCAGGGAAUACAUACAGCGAAUAUGACAAGAGGUAUGAUGGCUCUGGUGCUGAUUGGGAUGGGAUGGAUGGUGAUUUAGAGGGAUCUGGCAACUAUGAUAAACCACAAGCUCCCAAUUUGGAUAAAGAAUCUCCCUACGAGUCAUACGAACCCCCAAGCAUUCCCCGUCAACCAACUGAUCACAGUGUUCCUAAACAUGAAGUAGACCAGCCACCUUCUGCUGCUGCUAAAAAAACCAUGUCUCUCAAUCGUGCCAUUACUAUUUACAUGUUGCCGGCUUUCAUCAUGUUCCUUGGAUCACUAGCCUAAGUCCAUACAAUGUUUGGCUCAGCCCCUGGGCAGAAUCUAGUGAAGAAUCAGGAUCAAGAUGUUUCCUGGAUUUUAGAACAAACUGUAAGCACCAUCAUUUAUUUGGUAAUAAAUACCAAGUGUCAUUGUUAUUGGUGGCUGUGAAGCCAUAUAUAUGCACCAGUAAUUGACGCAGGGUAAGGACUGAGGUUUGGAGUAGUGUAUUGUAAAUGCAUUAGACUCCAAAUGAUUACCUGAAUGAGGAAGCAUACCUAUAGUAGUUAAUAUAUCAUGCUCAGAAAGACUUAGUAUAUUGCACAUAUAGCAUAAAGAAAGCAGCUCAUAAGUUUUGAUAUGUCACAAAAGUUUGUGUUGAACAUUUAUGAUGUUCAUAUAUAAAAAGUGAAUAAGUGAUUAUACGAUGUGGAAAUAUUGAAGUGUUCAAGAGUUCAGUUAUAACGGAAGAUAAGAAAUGAACUUUGAUGUGUUCAAGUUGGAGAUGCUCCAUUUAGAGACAUACCACUGUUACAUAAAAGCAGUGUCUUGAGGAGCCUUACCAAGAUGCGUGUGAUUGUGAGGGGUUAUAAUGUGGUUAGUCAUUAACAUAAUUAGAGAGGAGGAUUAUGAUAAUAUCCCCUCUUACAUAAUGUGCUAGAGUCUGGAGGUCUUCUCCACAAUAAGUUUUUUUUAUUAUUCUUUGGGAGAUACAUGGAGAUUUCACAUUAGGUAGCUGAAAAAAUAAACUGAUGGUUCUUAUAGCCAUUUACUAGGCCACAAGAAUGAAGAGAUGCUUGCUCUUCUGUGCAAAACGUGUACGCCACGAGUCUGGACCUGUGUAGCACUUCUCACUCAAUUUUAUUUAUUAAUGUACAGUAGUUGUAUUACAGCUUGACAUCUAUAUUUAAUCACUGUUUAUUAUUCAGCUUUACUAAUACUACUAUUUUAUGGUAGUUUUGGUUUAAUUGGUUAGCCAUUUCUCGGAAGGGACGCAAAAGUUAAAUUCUUAGUCUUAUUUCAUGAAGAUAUAAAUAAUUAUUCAAAUUUCAAAAGUUAGCUCUAUACAAAAAUUUAAUAUUCAACCAAAUUAAAUGCACUUUCUUUUUUUUUUCUUUUUUUUUCGUUUUUUUCUUUUUUUUUGUUGCUGUGAUAGGUGAAAAUAUCAAAAGUUACCUUGGUCUCUCUAAUCAAAACUUGGCCGUCCAGGCAUAAAAUCUGCUUGCUAAUCCUUAUUUUAUAAAUUAAGUAGCUUUCAUGUAUUAAAGAAAUGUAUGUACCCCAUCUUGGUAUGAAUGUAUCACUUAUUAAUUUUGCUGUAUAUGUAUCCUUUUUCAAGAGUGAAGAAAGUAUUGAUAGAGUCAUCUUAAUCAUUACCAUUUGUCAUGUGUUAAGUUUUGUCCAUGUAAGUGUUUCUUUCAUCAUUGUCAUUGUGGGAAAGUGAUUGUAUGUGGUAUAUGGUACUCAUUAUAAUUGCAUAUAGUCAUGUUUUGAAUGCAUAAUGUAGCCCAACAAGUCGACCUCUUAUCCUAGGUAUUCUGCUGCAGGUAGAAGAUUACACUACAGACUGUUUUUCUUGAUGUUCACCUGGUGAUUGCCUACACUGCAGGCUGUUCUCCAGUGUUAUACAUUUUGUAUCACAAUGGAUAGCACGAACUGAUACCAUUAAUGUUCUAUAAAUUGCCAGAUGCGCAGUGGCAUCUGCUGCUAUCUUCGUGUUUGGCUUUGAUAUCGGCAGUAAGCAAUACGGGCAAUAGUAUAGUUGUUCUGCUGCUGGUAUUAUGAGUGUACAAGGUAUGCUGUUAUAUUCAGCAGAAUUUGGCAAGGAACAGCAAUAAAACUGUGUACAAUGUAAUGGAGUAUAAGAAGAAAAUUAGAUUACAUUUUCAAAAUAUAUAUUUUUUUUCCAUUGCCCUAUGGGGUGUUUUAGUAAAUAUUACGUAUUGCAUCCUGACCAUUUUGAUUUAGUUAAUUACACUUGAUAUUCAGGUCAUGAUGUUACAGAAUUCUGUUUAAUUUGUAAGAGUACACAGAUGCUGAUCUCAAGAGCUUAGAUAUCUCUACCUCCUUACCAUAUCCAGAUAGUCAACAAGUUUUAUUUUUGGUCUUUAUACACAGAAUGUUUUCUAAAGAUAUUUUACAUCCUAAUUAUAUUUAGGCUUUAACAAUGCUAAAGAUUUUAAGUUUUGGAUUGACUGGCAGCUAUCACAUCUUUAUAAUGGGCAUCUUGUGGCGAUGCUGUAACACACGCAGCCAUUUGUUGCUCCAAUCGCUGAAGUUAGCGCAUAAUACUGCUGAGGUUUUCCUGAGAGCAUUCAGUCUGUAUAAAGGACCGAGGUGCUUGUUACAUUCCCAUCAAAAAUUAGAACAAUUACAUUUUUCAGUUACUAUUUGGAAAACUGUCCAUUCUCAAUUUGUUUUGACAUGCAUUUGCUGCAUGUUUUAUGCAAGGUAAAAUUUGCCUGUAGGUAACUGGUAUAUAGUUACCUUUUUUAAUUUAAAUCAAAUAUGUGUUUAUGAUCAGUCACUUGUCCUUUAAUGUGCUAUAAACCCCCCUCCCCCCCCCCCCCCCACCAUAAAUACCGGUAAUUUUCAGAUUAGGUUAGAGUCUGAGAUUUUUCAUUUUCUCAUAUACUGGGAUGCAUAACUUUUAGUUUCUUGAGGAAACGUUUAAUUUAUGCAGAAUUGCCAUAUUUUGAACAAUAGUAUGAUUUGACUUAGGUGGUUUCAACUUCAUGCUAGUACUGAAUUAAAUUUGGUAACAAUUAUUAUACUGUAGUACCUUAAUGUGGAGAUAAUGACCCUGUAUAGCAUACUGAUGUAUAGUAGAGAUUUGCAGUAUCUUAUGAGAGUACAUUUUAUUUUUUAGUCUAAUUGAAAGAAUCAACAAUCCUCUUUAUUUUUUUUUCACACUACACGUGUUAAUUUAAUACUGUAGAAAAAGAAUUCUUAGAUCCUACCAAAUAAUCAUCUUGGACAAUCACACACCUUUUACUUGUACAAAUUAUGUUCAACAAUUUAUUAUUAAAUCUAAGUAUGCCCCAGCUCAUUAAUGGCAAGAAAUUUAAUUAGUGAUGAUGGACUAAUUAGCAUAAUAGAAAUUAGUGAAUUUAAUAGUGAAUAGUGAACAUAUUAACAAGUACUAACAUGGUAAUGAAACCACAUUAGUCAGUUGCUGAUUCACUGGAGAAGAGACAUUGCAUUUAAUUAUAUUGUCAGCAUAUGUCAUGGUAUGUGCAUUUAUAGUUGCCUCUACCAUUCAUCUGGCACUGAACGAAAUUCCGCUCUGUAGGGAAGACGUCUGUACAGAGAUAUUUUGUUAUUUUAUUGUAAAUAAUACAUAAUGUGAAAAAUC